AUGGGGAGUGACAGCAAUCGAACGUAUUAUGACCUGCCGGCAGCCUACAGAUACUCUCUUCUGGGCAUAUACAUCAUUGUCUUCCUUGGGGGGAUCGUGAGCGUUGCGAUGAUGAUCGGCGUCCUUAAGUCAAACAUACGCUCAGUCACCACCCUGGCUGUAGUCAACCUCAUUGUGGUCCACAUCCUCUUCCUGCUGUCUGUACCCUUCCGCAUUUACUUCUAUGCUGUCAACCACUGGCACCUGGGUACUAAUUUCUGCAAGCUAGUGAGCAGCUUGAUCCACGCGCACAUGUACGUGGCCAUCAUCUUCUACGUGGUUAUUCUAGUCGCGCGUUACGUCAACUUCUUUCAGCGACCCGACCGGAUGGAGUUCUACCGGAGGCUUCAUGCGCUGGGUGCCAGCUUGGCGGUCUGGGUAAUCAUUCUGUGCGUGGCCCUCCCGGUAACGUUCGAAAAUUACGGCCAGAGCAAAGACCGAAACGAAACCCUGUGCUUCAAUUUCGGCGGGGCAUUAAAAAACCCGGCGGUAGUAACGAUAAACUACAUUCUCAGCGCUGGAGUUCUCCUGACUACAAUAGGUUUAGCCUGUUGCCAACUGUACAUUUUGUAUUGUGUUUACAAAAAAUACGGUCAGUCAUCGUUUUCUCACCAGGAGUUCUGGGCCCAGAUAAAGAGCCUGUGUUUUGUGCUAGUGAUGGUUGUAUGCUUCAUGCCAUACCAUUUGUUCAGAAUAUACUAUGUGAGUAACUACCAUCCUGAUCUUGAAAUGCAAAAUGAAGUUUUUUUGGCAGUCACUGCUCUCAGCUGUUUUGAUAUGCUAACUUUUCUCAGUAGGCCUGGUUGUAGGCCCGCAUGCUCUAAUUGUUGUCAUUUUUGA